UUUCAAACUUAGUCCCAAUCAACUUUCAUGCAAAACACUUUUAACUUCGCCUAAACUUUGUCAAACCAAUUAAAUAGUAAUUAAAAAAUUUAAUGGUUAGGUUUCAUGAACAUGCAGUAACAGGUGUUAUCAACACUUCCCAAUGAAAUAGAUAUAAAUAACCUUCCUUUGAUGGCUCGAUCAAUUACUUUGUAAGAGAAUUCUACAAUGAUUGAAGAAAAAUAAGUACUAGACUUUUAUAUACAAGUAACAAAACCACCCAAGUGAUAAAAACAGUACGUAGAAGGGACAAACGACUCAGUAGGUUUUAACUCCAAGAAGGAUAGGUAAUGAUUUCAACAGAGGAUCUCCUUUUGUCAAAAUCAGCCUGUACAAGUAGCACCAAAUGUCUAAUUAAAAAAUAUACAUUCUUCAAGAUGACAAGUAAUAUUUUUCAAUAUAUACAAGAAUAAUUGGUAGUAAUCAAGGCUAGAGGGAUGAAAUCUCUAUAAUUCGUCGUAAAAAACAUUAAAAUCAAGGAGACAAUAACAUAGACAUAGGUACUAGCUUGAAUUAAUAAAACUAGGCCUUACUUCAUAGGAAGUAAAUGCUGAAAUUCCUUGUAAAAUUUCUACAGAAUUCGGUUUUCGUCAUUCAAGUAGAAUCACUCCACAAAUUUUAUGCUUCUUGUCAUUAAAAUAUUUUCAUGUAAAGUUCUAAGCAAUGCCUUCAAAUAUCUUCAAACAUAUCCACUAAUUUAUCAAGUAGUUUUGAUUAUAAUUUUAGAGAACAACCUAAAUUUUACAUUUUAGAUUGUGGCACUGCUUUAAAAACUUUGGUUAGGAUUUAAAAAGAAAGCCCAAGAAUAAUAGAAGAAAAUAAUAGUUAUUUAAUUGGAACUGAUUUCUAUUUUCAUGUAGUUCAAUUAAACUCAAUACCAAAGUCAGUUGAUAAUAAAAAGAAGGAUUAGGAAUCUCCUAUUGAAUAUUUUUUUUAGACCCUUGUAAGAGAGAAUGAAAAAUACAGAGCUCGCAUUCAUGGUUUAACAAAAGAGGAAUAAUAAUUCUUCUAAGGUAUUUAUAAUUUUUAAAUGUAGAAUAAUUGUAAGAGUACAGAAAAUUAAAGAAAAAAGGAAGGAAACAAUAUUAACUCUUAAAUACUGAUAGACCAUUUCUUAAAAUUCAAUUUGAUACACCAAUGUCUAGACAAGUCGUCAUUUUCAUAGGAAAGGCUGGAUGCGUGUAAACCUUUAAAAUUGGAAGAUCUUAGGAUUGUGACAUUAUUGUCAAUAUGAAUACUGUCUCUAGAAAAUAAACUUAAAUUAAAUUCAACAAAAAUUAAUGGGAAAUCUGUGAUGGAGAAGGGCCACGACAAUCAGCCAAUGGAACUUGGUAAUCCUUACAACCUUAUGGACAAACCUUAUUGGAAACUUAACCAAAAUAAAGUGCUCCACAUCUAAUUGAAGAUAAGAUGGAAGUGAAAAUAUCUGACAACAUUUUUAAAUUUGAGAUGAUCAACUUUGGAGUUUCCAAAAAGUAAAAACUUUAUCUAUAUCUUUAGACGAAAAUUGACUAAUACAUUAUACUAGGAAUUAACUUAAUACGAAUGA